AUGAUCCUAAACCACGAAAUCGAGGUGCCCGCUCCACCAUACUUCCUGGUCCAAUCCAUGACAGCCAGUGAACUUUCUUGCUUCACGGACAUUUUCCUCGCCAUAGAGUACCCACUUUAUGCGCACCUUGCCCCAGGACAGCGCUUCGGCGAGCACAUGACUAAACAAGCCAUUAUGGCCCAAAUCUACGUUGGUGCAGAGGCUGCGGCCGCCCAAAAGCAAGAAAUCGCUGAUUUUAAGCAAUCGAUAUCAAGAAUCACGCUGGACAUGACGGCAAAAGUCAUAUCGGCAACUUUCAAGGGGAGAUUAUCUGCGGCGCGCUGGGUCAACUGGAAGUUACCAUUAGCAUCCAAGCUACUCACUCUAGUAGACGAACAACAGCGAGAGGCAGCGCGGACCACGAAUGCGAUCGUCAAGCUCGAUUACUACACAUUCAGCAUCACGAUCCGUCGAGGAGUGACAACGUCCCAAGCCAUGUACUGGAUCCUAGCAACGGAGAUGAAUUUGGAUGUUCACUCGAUGACCCACCCGGUGACUGAAAGCACCGGUCUGAACGACAAGCAAUGGACAGUGAUGAUCAAAGGAUCCUGUCCAGCUUGGCUGUGUAACACUGGCGUCAUCGCAAGCGAGGAUAUGGAGGUGGUGGUGCACCACCACGAG